CAGGUGGUACGGGGCUGAAUGCGCAUGCGCCCUGAUCGAUGGUCGCGGCGGCGGCGGCGGCGCCGGGGGAGGCCGAUGUGUCGGUGACCGGGGACUAACCGCAUGGAGCUGUGAGCGGUAUCGGCGCAGGGCCGCCUCUCUGCCCGGACCGAAGGCCAAUGUCGGUGCAGGCGCACUCUGUCCUGAUGCGGUGGCGGGGCCUCGGACACUGCCUUCUCCCGUUCGCUGCUGAGCUUCACUGAAGGCGGCUGUCCGCCUCUCGGGGUGUUUUUUUCUAAACGUUUGUUUUAUCUUGAAAAGAAAACCCUUUCUCCCUCCUGAGUUUUUCCAGAUCACCAUGUCCGGGAAACAUUUCAAAGGACCUGAAGUUAGUUGCUGUGUUAAAUACGUUCUGUUCGGCUUCAACAUCGUGUUUUGGUUGCUGGGCGCAGCAUUUCUUGGAAUAGGCCUUUGGGCAUGGGCUGAAAAGGGUGUUCUUUCCAACAUCUCCUCUAUUACAGAUCUGGGAGGGUUUGACCCAGUAUGGUUGUUUAUUGUGGUAGGUGGAGUGAUGUUCAUUCUCGGAUUUGCUGGCUGUAUUGGUGCACUCCGUGAAAACACAUUCCUGUUGAAGUUUUUUUCAGUAUUUUUAGGUCUAAUUUUCUUCUUGGAGUUGACAACGGGAAUACUAGCAUUUGUCUUUAAGGACUGGAUCAAGGACCAGCUCAACUUAUUUAUCAACAAAAAUGUUCAAGCCUAUAGAGAUGACAUAGAUCUUCAGAACCUUAUUGAUUUUGCACAGGAAUAUUGGUUGUGCUGUGGUGCUCGAGGACCCAUUGACUGGGACUUAAAUAUCUACUUUAAUUGUACAGAUUUCAACCCAAGCAGAGAGCGAUGUGGUGUUCCAUUUUCCUGCUGCAUCAAAGACCCUGCGGAAGAUGUCAUUAACACGCAGUGCGGAUAUGAUGUUCGGUUGAAAAUCGAAAUAGAUCAACAAGAUUAUAUUUAUACCAAAGGAUGUGUUGGGCAGUUUGAGAAGUGGUUGCAGGAAAAUUUGAUAGUGGUUGCUGGAAUCUUCAUUGCUAUUGCUUUACUGCAGAUAUUUGGAAUUUGCCUAGCACAGAAUCUGGUGACUGACAUUAAAGCUGUCAAAGCCAACUGGUGAAAUUCAAGAAAAACAAUUUAAAGCCAAGUAGCAAACUGAAGAGCUGUGGAAGGCACAGUUGUAAAAGCACAGUGGAUGAAAGUCACUGACGUAAAUGUAUUUCAUCUCUGAUGCUAUGAGACCUGUGGAUGUAGACCAUGAGGCCGCUGUAUAGCAAAAGUCUUUUAUUACGGCAGCAAGAAAAACCUUAAAUUUUGUUAAUAAUGGUUUCAAAGGGAUCAAUAGCAGUUUGUAGUUGAUGGAUAUUUUGAAAUGUUACUUGUCUCUAUGUAUAGACCACCACAAAUGUAUUACGUUUGUUACUGUUAAAAAUAAUGUGGUUUUAGAUGUUUUCUAUGAGGUAGGGUAGGGGCACUAAAGGGGAUACAACUGCUGACUCGGUUGUAGGUAACAAAUAAUUUCUGGGCUAUUAAAUAGUCCAGUCCUGUCUAUCUAAUGUGAACAUUUUGUGAAAUACGUCCAUUUAAAAAUCCAGUGGCAGAAAAAAUUAGCCUAUGCAGAUUUCAAGAUUUAGAUUCAUCAUGCAGUGCGGCUAGACAGUACUUACCGAUGUUUUUUUCAGACUGAAUUCACAUGAAUAUUGUUUUAACCUCAUGUUUUUGUUUGUACCUCUUUGUUACAAAACAGAAAAGAUGAGUAGUGUUUUACUAUUCUUGCUCUUCAGCAAUGACUUCAGUUAUUGUUUUUUUUUUAAAAUCUACUGAUCACUGACAGGAUUCAUAUGAUGGAAGGGAGGACUACAAGAAGGUUAACAAUGUCAGGUGCUUAUUAAAAUAGAUUUAUAGAUAAAUAUGUGUUACUUGUUUGUUUCUUUUAAAAUAACUUUACCACAUUGCUUGCACUAAAAUGUCCUUUUAAACUGGUGGUGCAAACUUGUCUACUCAGGAAAUUUACUUUAAAUUAUUCUACAUAGUAUUAAAUGCUACAAUGUUGAGUUCAGUCUCCCAAGACUGCAAAGUGAGAACAAUACAAACCCUUGUAUCUCAGCUGCUACUUUUAAACAAUCGCCUUCUAAGAUUUGCAUGAUUGUUUUAUGUUUCUAUCACUGCAAGCUUCAAUUUUAAUACAGAAGUCUGAAAUUCCCAUGAAUGAUGUAACUGGUAGUUACGUUAAACUUUACACUUUUUUAUGAUGUUGAAAAGUAUUUGGUAAUUUCUUCAGAAUCAUACUUGCAUUCACUGGAACAUAUGAAUAAUGGUAAACAAACAAAGUCAAUACGAACCUAUUUUCGUAAAAUUUCAAGUCAAACAUGUCCUGAGGAAAGUAUGUACCUUUUGGCUAUUUUCCCUUAAUUUUUCUUUAUGCAUAGUAAUUAAAGUUUGUAGCCAACAAACCAUUGUUAAUGCAUGUUAGACACAUGUUUAAGAUGACUGUGUUCUACUGUACUUAAAAUUUAUUAAAAACUACAUUUUACAACCUGA